AACAAUAUUUGCUCAGACACGACCCUCAUUGCAGUCUUUUGUAUCUUCGCUGAUCAUAAUUGCCUGUGUAUAUGUCUCCACGCGGCCACUACGGUUCUAAUUUGACCUUGGUUGAUCUUUUUCUUUUUCCUUUUUUUUUACCUCCUCUUUUUCUUAAUACCUCGACUAUGAUUAUUAAUGUUAAUAUUAUUUUUUCGACGAACCUCCUCUGCCCCUCACCACCAGGCCAGGACUCAAGGCGUUUAGUAGUGCACCAUCCAGGUAUAAAACUAACAUCUUAAUCAUCCCGAAUUGAUGUUACUUUACUCCCGAACGCAGCCCUGUGUGACAUACAAUUCAAUGAGUGCAUGAAUCAAGGCUCGAAGGGGGGAGGGAAUAACCCCAAAGAAGUAUAGUCCAGCGAGCUGGGAGAUAGACAAAUACAACGUCGUAGAGUGACCGAGCUUUAAAUUCCCGCGCAGACCGC